AUGAAUUCCCUGGAGGAUACCCCACCCGAUAUUUUAAGUAAAGAGCAUGCCGAGUUGGAAAAAGAAAACGAAGAUCUUAUUAUACAGCAUAAAGAAGUAAAUUCAGAAUUAUCAAAUAAAAAUACUCAAAUAAUCGAAUUAGAGAAAAAAAUAAAAGAUCUAACAACCGAACGUGAUGAUCUUGUCAAAACUAAAGAAAGUUUGAUUCAAGAUUUAGAACAUGUGCAAAAGAAAUCACUAGAAUCUCGUACACAAUUGGAUGACGAAUUACAUUUGAUAAAAGAGAAAUUAUCUAGAACAGAAAAGAACUAUGAAUUGCUUGAAUCUGACAAUGCCAGUCUUCACUUAGCAAAAACAGAUGCUCUAGAGAAAUUAGCUAAAACAGAAAAGAACUAUGUCUUGCUUGAAUCCGACAGUGCUCGUCUUCAUUUAGCAAAAACAGAUGCCCUAGAGAAAUUGUCAGAUGUAGAAUCUAAAGUUAAAUAUUUGUCACAAAGAGAACGUGUUCUCCAAGAAUCAUUAAAUGAAGCAAAUAAAACGAUUCAAAGUCACGAAGCAGAAAUUGAAAAUCUUAAAAAACAAGUAGCCGAAGAAGAAGAUAAACGUAAUAAAUCACUUGCUUUACUUAAAAAGACCCAACAAAAAAUAAUAAGCCUUGAAAGGGAGAAGAAGGAUUUAAACGAAGAAGUUGGACGUGCUCAAGAUAAUGCACGAGCAUCAGAGCAAAAUGUAAUUUCAGGCUUGAAACAAGAGAUUGCCAAAUUCAAUAAGGAAUUGAAUGCAAAAUCAACACAAAUCGUUCGACUUGAAUCUUUAAAUGAAAAAAUAUCAGAAGAAAAACAGGUAUUAUUUGAGCAGCUACAAAUUAGACAAGCAGAAUUUGAAUCAUCACAAACAACGCUUGAGAACUUCGAACAUCGUUCAAAUGAAAUCCAACAUCAAAUGAAAGAAGCUGAAGAAAGAUCACAAGCUUUAGAGGAAGAAUUGGUUUCAAUUAAAAAAAAACAUAAAGAAAAGAUACGAGAGAAUGAAAAAUUAAUGAACGAUAUUGAAAAGAUGGAACAUGAAUCUAAAGAAAAAUUUAGAGUCAUGGAAUCACAAAUUGAAACUUAUAAAGAAGAAAAAGAGAAAAUUGAAUUAGAAUUACGAGAAAUUAGGCAAUCAUUUGAUUCUAAAGUACAAGAUUUAAUGAAUAGACUUGAUGCUAGCGAAGCGGAAACAAAAAAAUUGAUUGUAAAUUCUAAAGAGAAAGAUUCUACUAUUGGACUAUUAUCAAAAGAAAAUCAAACAUUUAAGAACAAAAUACAAGAUUUAGAGAAAGAAAUCAAAAAUAUGCAAAAUGAAGUUAAUAACGCACAAGAAAAAUCAGUAGGUUUUAUAACUUUUAAAUUGUUGAUUUUAGAAAAUUACCGUAUGAGAGAAGGUCAUUUAAAAACAGUUAAUAAAACACUUAGAGAAGAAGUUCGAAAACUUCAAAAGGUGUCUACAAACAACAACAACAAUAAUGAUCGCAGUGCACCAACUUCACCAUCAUCGCCUACUUAUCCACGUCACUCAAUAUCAUCCGCAACUUCACCUUUGGCUGAUUCAGGAUUCUCAAAUUUAGAUGAUGAUCUUAAAGUUAAUUAUUUCAAAGACGUAUUUCUCAAGUUUCUUGAACAUAGAGACAAAAGAAAAGCACUUUUGCCAGUAAUUUCUACAUUAUUCAACUUAUCACCUGAGGAAAAGAAAAGACUUGAACUUAAAUAUGGAAGAUAA